UGCAAGUACCGAAAGCUUCCGCGUUGAAUGGAAAGCGAAAGUGUAGCGAAGCAGCCAUGACCUAGCAGCGGUGCACACUGAGAAUCCGCAAUGUUUUUAAAGAUAUUCCUUUUGCACUUUUCGAUUCUUGCUGCCGGAAUCGUGUGGGCACAGAAUAGGCACACGGUCCCAAAAAGAAAGCUGGACUGCAUGUUUGUGGAGGAGAAACAAAAUGAAGAGACUCAGGUGCUUGGGCCAAUAACCGUCAAGAGGAAGGCUUUGCUGCUGUUUGGUGAUAUCAGUACAAAUGAGGAGGCCAUUACUUUUAAAGUUCAAGAGUCUUCAUUAGAUAUUUUCCAGUAUGUAAAUGAGCCACCGGACAACUUGGGAUGUGAAAUUAGCAGAUACUCCACCCUUGGCAUCCAUGUACCCUGGCCCCACCAGGGUAAGGAGACCAUUAAGGACAUAUGGUUCACAGUGACUAUAAAACUUUUAAGUAGCAGGUUCACUGCAACCAGCUUCAUGAGGAAGAUAGAAGCGCCCGAUAGCCAGCAGGCUAAGAACAGUGAAGCAAAAACCGAUGGUGAAGAUUCAGCCAUUGGCGAUACAGACACCCUGUUAGUUCAAGUGACCUACAUUGUUCACACCAGCACCCCAUCGAUCAGAACCAAACUGAAGCAAGACCUAAUUCUGGACUGUGGCUACAAAAUUGAUCACAGCACAGACUUUAACAUUGACUGGCGAUAUCAGCACAAAGGGAACAAGAGGAAAUUGUUUUCCUACAAUGGGCGACAUGAGCAGGUCGAACACGUGGAGAAAGGAGUUGAAGUGUUCAUGGACCAGAUCAAGAAUGGAAAUGCUUCCCUCCGCAUAAGAAAUAUUGGCAUUAAAGAUGAGGGAUCCUACAUUUGCUCUGUAUAUGUCCCUCCGCUCUUUGGAACGCACACCAUUGAGGUGGAGAUUAUGGAGUCGCCCAUUGUCCUAAUGAGCCCUAAUUCACUUUCUGUUAAGGAAGGGGACGAAGAGAAGCUGACCUGUGAGGCGGGGCGGUAUUACCCACUUGAUGUAACGGUGAAGUGGCUGCGGCAGCAUGGCGAGGGGCACAUGCUGCCCGUCUACAUGACCAACGUCAUCUUCUCGCCCCACAGGAGGAACAUGGACGGCACCUACAAUAUGACCAGCUUCUUCAGGUUCACGGCCUCCCUCAGGGACAAUGGUGUUACCUACACAUGUCGCGUUGAGCACGCCAGCUUGGAGAAACCCAUCAAACGUUACAUCCAAGUAAACGUAGAGGCACAACCUCAGAUACUUCUGUUUCUCUUAUUUUUAAUUAUGAUUCUAAUCAUCUGCACUUGUGUGGUCGCUCUACUGAUUCAGUUGAAAAAAGUCACAGAAAGAAACAAGAAGAAACCAUACUGAACAUUGGAAAAGAGGAUUCAAUAAGUGAUCACAUUAUCCUACAGAAGUGAACUGAACCAGGUGAAGGGACACUGCUUAUUGCUUUGUUGGUCGCCCCCUAAAGAUGUUAAACCCCGACUCCAUUCAUUAAAACCAAGAUCUGUAUGCAAAAGAUACUAUUUCCCAUCCAGGGCUGGUUAUGUUGAUGGUCACCAGUGAGAUUAUUCACAAUUUGGGACUGGAGGUCAAGUGUGAUGCAGAGCUGGCUGGUUUUUGACUUCCCAGAGACUGUAGAGCUUUUUAGAUGGCAUGCUCCUGCCUUCAGGUACUGUUGAGGCAUUUCUUGUACUCAGUGUGUCUAGAUUGUCUUGAAUGGCAGAGUGAGCUUUACAGCCUGGACCAACUUGUUACAUUGAUCAUCUUCAUUUCUUUCCCUUCCAUUCGAAUUAAAAAACAACUUCCAUCCUCUGAAGAUCAUGCCUCUUUCCAGAACAAGGGGAUAUAAGGGGCAUGUUUAUUGUGUGUUGUAACUGUGUGCAGGUGGUGAGCAUUAACCUAGCUUUUUUAAAUAGGAUCAGACUGAAAGAGUGCUUGUUGGGUUAGGAGAUGCGUGUUUGUAAUGCGUGUCUUUAUAAAUAAAAGCUCAUAAAAUUU